AUGGAAUCAGCCAAAUCUGCCGAUGACGCCCAAGAACGCAAGUUGCGCAAGCGGCUGCAAAACCGCAUCAAUCAACGGCAAAGGAGAACGCGCAAGCGGGAAGAGGCGCAACUCAAUGGCCACAAUCAGCGGCCGUACCAAGUGGACAAAUGGCGCUACGCCUAUCAGCAUGAUGCCAACGAGUGCAAUCUUCACGAUGACGCUCCAUCCAAGCCAGUUUCCAACCAGCAAAAUGCUGCGCCAACGUUUACUUUGAGCUACAGAGGCCCGGAGUCUACAGCAUCGCAACGAGUGGCGGCCCGGCAACUACGACACUUCGAGCCCUGCCCUACCCAGGACCACUUGCUACAUCUCAUUCAGGUUAAUCUCCUACGAGGCCUCUUUGAUAACAAAUUAACAAUCAUGGCGUGUGCACACUAUCUGACGAGAAGCGCCGCGGCCGAGCUGCAAAUUACCCAUCCGGCCCUGGUCUUCCCCGGUCGUGCCGCCGUCGUCCAAAACUCAGGCGACAUCCCCGGCUCUCUGUCUCCCACGCCGCUGCAGAGCACUGUGGUCCACGCGACAUGCAUCGACCUAGUGCCAUUUGCCGCGCUUCGCGAUAGCCUGAUUGCGUGGGAGGGCAGCUUUGACUUUGCCGAGCUCCUGCAGGACCUGAUUGGCAAUCUCGUGGACCCGACAUGUUUCGUUGCAGGCCUUUCAUGUCCGGAGAAGCUCACUGCAGCAGGCGAGGACCCAGAAGCUGUGACGUAUCUGGGGGAAGACGAUGGCGACUACACGGCGAAUCGAAAUGGCCUCAUCUUGUGGGGUGAUGCACACCUCCCGGAGAGCUGGGAAGUUACCUCGGGAUUUCUGCGAAAAUGGGGAUUUCUGAUCAGGGGCUGCCAAGGUCUGAUUGACUCUAGCAACCGAUGGAGAGUAGCUCGAGGAGAAGAACCACUCUCGAGUUCUGUGUGA